AUGGCACGAAAAGCGAUAGCCAAAGACCAAGUCGUCAAACUCAUAGUUGGUGCCGGCCAAGCCUCACCCAGUCCUCCUGUCGGUCCCGCUCUAGGUAGCAAGGGGGUCAAGUCGAUUGACUUCUGUAAAGAAUUCAACGCUCGAACUGCCUACAUGACGCCCGGUAUACCAAUCCCUGCUCGAGUCACCGUCCGCCCUGACCGCUCAUUUCACUUCGAACUGCGCACACCUACGACAUCUUACCUACUACUUCAGGCAGCGAAUGUGAAAGAAAGGAAGGGCAAAGUGAGGGGGGCUAUGUUGCCAGGGAAGGAGAGUGUUGGGGAGGUUUCGCUGAAACAUAUUUACGAUAUUGCGAAGAUAAAGCAGAGUGAACUGAGGUUGAGUGGGUUACCGUUGGAUGGAUUGUGCAAGAGUGUUAUCGCGCAGGCGAAGACAAUCGGGGUUACAGUGAAACCAUGA